GCAAAUGUCUUGCUGUGAUGUAAUAUCCUGUGUGUGUACUGCACAGGAAGGCAGGGCCAGUAAAAAGCAAGCUGAAACCAAAAGCAAAUAUUUAUUACCUAUUUUCUGUGUCUUUUUCUUUUCUUGUAAACAGCAAUACUGAGACAAGGCAUUCUUGCCCACCAAAGCAGCCAACCACAGACAGAGAACUGACUAGCGUUUAGUGAGAUAACAGCCAGGCUAUUAGCCCACCAAUCGUUCAGCAAGUCUGCUGGAGAAGGACGUGGUAACAGGACACAAACAGAGUGAGCCAGGGUAAAAGAGACAAAGAUGUUCCGGAUCCUGAGAGAUGUUGAAGAGGAUCCUUUCCUCAUGGAUCCUUUCGCUGCUCACAGACAACAGAUGCGAAACAUGUUCUCUGGUUUUGGCUUCAGUCCCUUUUUUGGCAUACCUGAUGGGAGACAACUGGCCAUUCAGGAUCAGCAACGUCGCCCAGUACAGCCAACAACAGCGCUUUCACCGUUUGGGAUGCUUGGCAUGGGUGGAGGCUUCCUUGAUAUGUUUGGCAUGAUGGACAGAAUGAUGGGGAACAUGGAUCAAAUGACUAACACAAGUCCAAAUUGCCAAACCUUUUCCUCUUCUACUGUCAUCUCCUACUCCAAUAUGGGGACCGGUACCCCAAAAGUUUAUCAGGAGACAUCUCAUUUGAGGACAGCUCCAGGUGGGAUACGCGAGACACGAAGGGCAAUGAGGGACUCUGAGAGUGGCAUUGAGCGUUUUGCAGUUGGCCACCACAUUGGUGAACGGGGACACGUUAUGGAGCGUGCACGAAAUCACCGCACUGGGGACCAUGAAGAGCGUCAGGAUUUCAUCAACUUGGAUGAAAGUCCAGCUUGACAGAUAACUGAAUGCAGCAGAUUCUGAAAAGCAGGAGCUCACUUCGGUAUAUCAUCCUCUACCAUUAGGGGGCAGCAGAGCUGAAGAAUAUCUCCUUCUGUACAGGACAAAGAAAUCUUUUUUUUUUUUUUUUUUUUUGUAUUCUUGAUUUUUCUUAUUCUGAAUGUCAUCCCCACAUGCUCCCUUCUUAAAGAGCAUUGGCUUUGCAGCCUCCUCAUUUUGUAAAAUGUCUGCAGAGUUGCUGUGCUUAAUAUUGCAAUUUUAUUUUAUAAAAUGAAGUUGUACUAAUAUAAAAAAAGGUCAGCCCAGAGAUUGGGCAGAGGAAGAAUUUUCUGUUUGUUUUCACAAUUUAUUACUACCCUGUUUACUCUUCCACAAUCCAGUUUUUCAUUUCUAACCUCAGUAUUGUACAUACUAGUAAUGUGAACAAUAAGUUGUUAAUAUAAAAGAGAAAAUUGUAAGGAUUCUUUAUGUGGAGAAGUGUUGGGGGGGGGGGGGUUACAAGAUGUCUGUAUGCUUAACAUUGUCAGGCAAGGGGGUUAACGUUACCAUGAAUGCUGUGUAUCUUACCUGUUUUGCUAUAGGAGAAAUGGGUACAUUUCCUUCAGAGGCUGAAAGCAUAUUUGAGAAAGUCUUCAAAGACAUUAUGCUUGUUUGUGCCCUGAUGCUAACUACCUUUUUUGCCCUCUUUCUAGGUAGCAGACUAUGGUGCUCUAAGUAACUUCAUUUCUGGUGACCGCUAUGUCUCACAACACAUUGUAACUGAUACAGCCAUCCUCAGCAAGAGGUAUGCUGUUUUUCAUUUAAUAAUGCAUGGCCCUAAUUUAGAUGCUUGAUGCAUCCAGAUUUUUGCCACAUUACAGUAAAGAGAACAGCUUUGAAAGUUUUUUUUUUUUUUGGGGGGGGGGGGGCAUUAAUGAAGGUAAAACAGUUAUGUUGUCUUCUGACUUUGAAGUCAGAAAGUACAUUGAAAGCCAACAGCUGCUACUUUAAAACUCCUUUAUUUUAGAUUUAGGGACAUUUCACUAACACUUUAGGCUAGCAAAAUAUAGAGAGCCCGUUUUGAGGUAGGAGGACUAUAAAAAGGAUUUUCUGAAGAUCUCCCAACAAUGAAUGGGUGAAAACUGAAAAUAUUUGUGAACAGGGUCAGUAGGAAUUCAGCAACAUUGUGUUUUCUGUUUAAAAUAGUGGCUGCAUUUUUAAUCUUUUUUAUAUGCAUAAAGAUAUGUAUUUCACAUCACCUCCUGUCCAUUUUAACUCCAUGGGUCUAUGGUGUAUGUCAGUGCAAUUCACAAGCACUUUCAUUAAUGGCAAGCGGACACUGAACUGAUGGCUGAAUCUUUAGUAGACCAUUUUUGGGUACAAAAACGAGAGAUACGGGUGAGCUAACUUUCUGUCUCCUGUCUUCCAUUCCUCCUCCUCUUCCGUUUAUAUGGGUGAGGAUUGGAGGGGAGCUGGUUCCAUGUCUGGCAGGUUUGACAUCACCAUUUUUGUCUCUUUAACGUUGGAUUGCAAAUCCAGGUAGAUGCCCCUCUUCCUAAUUAAUGAUCCCUGAAGCAGCAGUAGUUUGGUUAAUGUGGUUGUUCAAAACCAUGUAUAGAUGAGUGGAUCGUAAUAUUUUAGUCUUGCUUUAAUUUAUUAUUUAUUUUCUUUCUUUACUAUGAAGUGCCCCACCCUGCCUCUGAUGCAUAGCACUCGGAGAAUGGUUUGUUUUGUUAACUGAAUUAAAGACCAUACUGGUUUCAUCUUGCAAUGCGAACAGCUGUUCUCUGCGAGAAGACUUUGACAUUGAAACAUUCAUGUACUUGUAUACCUGUGGUGCCUAGCAGGUACUGUGGUGUACACACAUACUUUGUCCAUAGUGUUACCCCCCACAAGGCAUGUUAUUUCCUCAGGCUGGGAGUGCCAUUUUGUUUAUCAAGAGUUUGAGGUGACCUUACAUUGAUGAUCAGAUAUUUGUAAGUAAUUAGGUUUUAUUUAGCUGAAUUAUUUUCACUUGUCUUUGGGGAUUUGCAAUAAAAUACUUGUUUCUUAGUCCCACUUUUCAAUGAAAUGUGUGUCCAGAGUGGAACAGGAGUAUGUAUUGUGCUGGACAUAGGCCAGAGGAAGAGGCAGCAUGUAUUGAGUCAUCAAAUGUCUGCCUUACUGAAACCCAUUACCUGUGGCUUGUAAACAUACCUCAGAAGUUUGUAAAAGUGAAGGUCUGUGAAAUAAAAGCUUAUCUGAUUAAUUUUGCAGCAACUCUUAAUUUUCUUAUAGCUGUCACAACUAAAAAGUUACCUCUGAGGGUGGCUUGUACCUGUUUCUCCUAAGCAGCCAACUUGUGGUGCUUGUGAACUCGGCUAACAAAUGAAGAGAUGGGACACGCAAUGAUCUCAGUUGUGUUGUUGGCCGUAUUGUUUUUUUUUUUGGGGGGGGGGGGGAUUAUCCAUUGGCAUUUGAUGUUGUCUAUGUAUACUGUAUGUAUGUAUAUAGGUAUAAAUAGACUGUAUGUUUGUAUGAAGCUGGGCAGGAAAUUUAGGGCACACAUUAAUAAAAUCCAGAAACCUUACUUGCA